AUGGAAGCGGGGGAAAGCACUACGCGGCCGCCGCCUACGCCGUCAGCGCGGCCUGGCGAGUACAUUCAGACGACGGCGACGGGCAACAAGAUCUCGCGACGUGCGAUUAUCUAUGGCGCAAGCAAUAUCGUGCUGGGUGGGAAAUGUACCAUCCAUUCAGAUGUCAUGAUCCGCGGCGAUCUGACACGCGUCGUUCGUGCUACCUCCGAUGGCAGUAUGCCCAAGAACGAGUCGUCCUCGUCGGUCGUCAUCGUCACGGGCCGCUACGUAUCGCUCGGCGAAGGCACGGUCGUGCGCCCCCCCUGCAAGACGUACCAGGGCGUGUUUUCCUACUUUCCCAUGCGCCUCGGCGACUAUGUCCACAUCGGCGCACACUCUGUCAUUGAGGCGGCGCAGAUUGGGCACCGCGUACGUAUCGGAGAUCGCUGCAUCAUUGUGCGGUAA